GGCAAGAGAUUUGAACAGUGCGUAUGUACAUUUAAUAGAGUUAUUGAUCGUGUGAAUGGUCUCACACAUUGUGACUGCCCUAGGGGAAGAAACUGUAUUUGUGGCGGGUGGUUUUGGCAUACACUGCUCUGUAAAGCUGGCCUGAGUGGACAAGUCUAAACAGAUUGUCUUCAGGAUGUGAGGGUUCUGUGGAGAAUUUAUUUGCCCACUUCCUGACCCUGGACCAGUACAGGUCCUGGAUGGAGGGAAGGUCAGUUCCAGUAAUCUUUUCUGCAGUUCUGUCCCUGUCAUGUCUGGUGUCAGAUUCCAACCAGACCGUGAUGGACGUGGUCAGGACAUGCUGGAUUAUUGCUGUGUAGAAAAUGAUCAGCAGAUCCUGGGGCAGGUUGAAAUUUCUGAGCUGACACAGGAAGUUCAACCUAUGUGUGUCUAUGCGGGAGGGCCACUUCAGGUCCUGUGAGAUUGUAGACCCUAUAGGAACCUGAAUGAAUCUAUUGUAGGGACUGUUGUGCUGAGGAUUAUGAGCGGCUAGUGUUAUUGCAAAUUAAAGCACGGUGUAAAAGCAAUUGCACUCAAAAAUUAAAACAUGUUGCUUGUAUUAGGGAGACGUACAGUACAAACUCCAGCUUGCAAAUUAAAUAUCACCACUAGAUGGCGCCAGAAGUAACCAUUACUUGGCAUGAUCAGGCAAACAAGUUUUGUCUAUGAUUCAUCAAGUUUGGGCCUCUUAUCGUAACACACCACACUAACAUGUAUGUUUCUGGCGUGAAAGAUAAACAACUAACACUGACAGUGUGACGAAAACGCACACGCAUACACAUUUAAAACAUAGUCAACCACAAAACCGACUAUGUCAAUUAAUACAUUUAAUAUUUAGCUACAUAUCCAGUUUAUAAGUGAACAUCCUGGCAACAACUUCAUCUAGAUCACCAUCUCUAAUCAAACACAAUUACUCUAAUUUGCUCUAAGUGAGCUGACAAAGCAAUACGACGGCGGUGUUUACAGCGGUGGACCACACAUCCAUUGACCUCCCAUCUGUAAGAACAGAUGCGACCCCCUGUCCUGCACAAACAACUACACGCGCGGAGUGAACUACCGACGGGAAGGCGGAGACGCGCUCGCACCGUGCGCUGUUUUCUCCCAGGGCGGCGCGCAGUUGUACCGGAGCCUGCUGCCUGCCUUUCGAAGAGUGAUGCUGUCAUAGCCCCCCUGCGCCGCGGACAUAUAGAGCCUCUUUCCCCUCCCGCACCUCCCCGGAUCCCCUCUCUCUCUCUCGCUCUCCCUGUGUCUCUGGCUCGCCUGGCUGGCUGUCGCGGCAGCAGUGCGGAUGUGGAGCCCGCAACGCAGCGCUCUUCACCCGACGGCAAGCACCGGAGAAGAAGAUGAAAUGUUUUUCCCGUUAUCUGCCGUACCUCUUCCGCCCUCCGAGCACCAUCCUGUCCUCCACUUGCCACACCGAAGCUGACAUUAUCUCUACGGUGGAGUUUAACUCAUCGGGGGAGCUGUUGGCCACCGGGGAUAAAGGAGGCAGAGUGGUUGUCUUCCAGAGGGAGCAGGAGAGUAAGAGCCAGCCCCAACGUCGUGGGGAGUACAACGUUUACAGCACAUUCCAGAGUCACGAGCCCGAGUUUGACUACCUGAAGAGUUUGGAGAUUGAGGAGAAGAUCAACAAGAUCAAAUGGCUUCCUCAGCAGAAUGCAGCGUACUUCCUGCUUUCCACCAACGACAAGACAGUGAAGCUGUGGAAGAUCAGUGAGAGGGACAAGCGGCCGGAGGGCUACAACCUGAAGGACGACGAUGGACGGAUCCGAGACCCGUCGACCAUCACCUCGCUACGGGUGCCGGUGCUGCAGCCUAUGGAUUUGAUGGUGGAGGCUACAGCCAGACGUGUGUUCAGCAAUGCCCACACCUACCACAUCAACUCCAUCUCUGUCAACUCCGACCUUCAGACCUUCAUCUCCACCGAUGACCUCCGGGUGAACCUGUGGAACCUGGAGAUCACUGACCGCAGCUUCAACAUCGUGGACAUCAAGCCAGCGAACAUGGAGGAGCUGACAGAAGUGAUCACCUCCGCCGAGUUUCACCCCCAGCACUGUCACACCUUUGCCUACAGUAGCAGCAAGGGCUCGAUACGCCUCUGUGACAUGAGACAGGCUGCGCUCUGCGACAAGCACUGCAAAUACUUUGAGGAGCCAGAGGAUCCAUCCACGCGCUCCUUUUUCUCCGAGAUCAUCUCAUCGAUCUCCGACGUGAAGUUCAGCCACAAUGGACGCUACCUGAUGACAAGGGACUACCUCACUGUCAAGGUGUGGGACCUUCAAAUGGAGAACAAGCCACUGGAGACUUACCAGGUCCACGACUACUUACGGGGCAAACUCUGUUCUCUUUAUGAGAACGACUGCAUAUUUGACAAGUUUGAGUGCGUCUGGAACGGGUCAGACAGCGUCAUAAUGACCGGCUCCUACAACAACUUCUUCCGAAUGUUCGACCGCAACACCAAACGUGACGUCACACUGGAAGCGUCCAGAGAGAACAGCAAACCCAGAGCUAUUCUUAAGCCUCGCAAGGUGUGCGUAGGUGGGAAACGCCGUAAGGAUGAGAUCAGCGUAGACAGCCUUGACUUCAGCAAGAAGAUCCUCCACACCACGUGGCACCCACACGAGAACAUCAUCGCUGUAGCGGCCACCAACAACCUCUACAUCUUCCAAGACAAGGUCAACUAAAGAGCAGUCCGACCCCUGACCCCCCCGUACAUGUGAGGGGCUGCUGUCUUGGAUUCCCCGCCACCCCCCGGCUCUGCUGAGCAAGCGCAGAGUUGAGUAUCCAGUGACUGACGUGGGGGAAGUAGACAGUGUGAAUUUUGGGAUACAACCUGGAUACAACUUGAGGAAAAGGGUUCCUUGAGACCAAGAAUGAACUUUCAUUCUUCAAUUUGACUUCUAAUUUAAUUUAUUUAGCCACGCGGACCCCUGGAGAAUUGAAUCCUGUGCACUUGUGCACAAUUGCUGCAUGAUUAAUAGGAUGUAGCAGCACCCUGGACCCAGAAGAAAAGGGCCAAAUGUGGGCACAUAAAAUAGAGCACACAGACAGAAACCACGCUUACAUGAUGGUGGCUCGUUGUCAUGUAGCAACAGUGCCCCCCUGUGUUUCAGUAUGCUCAUGCUACAGUUGCAUGUGAUCAACCCUGCGGCCUCCAACUGAGGUGAGGUUUUGGACAGUGCAACGUACUGCAGACAAAGAAGAGACUGUUAACCCCUGACCUGACAAACUGAGAGUUUUCUCCGGGUCAGUCAUUUGUAGUACCAAUUUUGUGUCUCCGUGCGAGACUGCUGUAGUCUGUAAUGUGAAUGAAGCCCGUCCAGGCCGUGUCAAUGGUUUUAAUUUAAUGCUGUUGUUUUUGUUGAGUCAUUCUCUCGGUCUGUGUAGAAGCUGUGGUGCCUUCUUUUGGUAUGUGGGGGUUUGAUGUAGUGGAGGGGAGGGCGGGUGGGAGGGGACUGACUACAAGGCGGGAGUGUGAAUGUUUCAAAUGAAAUGUUAACUUAGGAAAUUUUCUUUUUUUUCCCCCCAAUUUUUCUUUCUUUCUCUAUGAACAAAAAACAAACAAACAAACAAAAAAAAAAUAAAGGUCCCGAGAGGAAAAAGUGCUUGAAGCAAUGUAGUCAAGAUUAAGUUAUAGCACCGGUUACAUGCUUGUGAGCUCAGGAGAGGACGCUGUGAUAUGUACAAAGUAUCUGUUGCUCUCACAUUGCAGUUGUCAGUCAGACGUCAUCAGUUUGCAAGAGACGAGUCAAAGCCACACAAAUUCUUUUUUUUUUUUUGUUGCAAAAUUCCUGAUAAAAAAAAAACUUAAAAAACUUCUUGCAGCAUUUUCACAUGAUUUGGAUAGUUCUGAAAAUGAUCUGUAGAUGGUAAAACCGUAAGCUUAUCACGAUGAAAUAUCGAACUCAAACUCGAGAUUCUCUUGGCAUAACAAUGCUAGCAUAGGUCCUUUUUUGCAUGUGUUGGAUCCGAUGAAAUUGACAGCCUGCAUAUAGUUAUUUGAACAUCUGCAGAUCAUCUGAGGCGCUAUUCAAUUUAAAUUCAAAGUUAUUGGCUUUCUCUCCAGAGCGUUCAAAAAUGUUUGGUUUUUAGAUUGCUGCCGUUCCUGUUCGCGUUUCCCCUCUCGUGGGAGACGGGCGACAUGGACAUGGAGCAGCAGUUGCAGGUCGUCUUUCAGUGCUCGGCUUAGUUUGGAGAUCGUCUCAGAUGAGCCCACUCCCAUAACGCGAAGCAGCAGACAAAGGUCUAACUGAACUCUGUGAAAUCAGGGAAUAAUUAAGUGUGAUUCCUUUAAAUGGUAAUGUCUUCUAAACAACCUCCUUUGUGACACUUCUAAUUGAAACAAAACUUUUAUAGCUCAGAAUGUAUUGAAAUGCAAUGAAUUACCAUGCAGUCUUUAUGCUUACUGGACUUUCUUUGAAUAAAAAAGAAUAAAGAUGUGCAAGUUCAAAUCCUG